AUGGCUGAUUCAGAGCCCGGCUUUCUCAUUGCCCGCGAGGAAAUGCACAAGUCCCUCGCCGAGGGUGGUGCCCCCAUUGGUGCCUGCCUGGUGGCCAAGGACGGCACGAUUCUCGGACGGGGACACAACCAGAAAGUCCAAAAGAACAGUCCUUGCCUGCAUGCCGAGGUCUCCGCAUUCGAAGAUGCGAACCACGUGGAUACGACUGCGUACAUUGGUGGAACGCUCUACACUACCCUCUCCUGCUGUGACAUCUGCGCGGGCUGCGCCAUCUUUUUCAAACUUGGACGGGUGGUCAUUGGCGAAAGCAAGACUUACAGAGGCGGCAACGACUACAUGGCGUCCAAAGGCAUCGAGGUGGUAGAGUUAGAUGACCCCGAGUGCAUAAACACCCUGCAGACCUACAUCAAGGAGCACCCCGAAGUUUGGUACGAGGGCAUUGGUGUUAAGAAGGGUGAGAAGGGGAUAUAG